AUGGUUAUCGACGACAACAUUGCAUCUCAUCUCAGCUUUCUCAUCGAUGAGUCGAAUGUCGACAAGCUAGCGGAUAAAACGGCGUUCGCAGAGUGGUCGUCGAUACGAGAACCUGUUGCGAAUAAGCUGCCCGCCGUGGAUGACGAAGGUUCGGAUGAAGAAACAGUGGAAGGCCUGACCAUCGCACAAUUCUGUGCUUCUAGUUCGCCAGGUCAAGCGUCGGGCAGUGGAUCAGCUGGUCUUAUCGAAGAGUCUCUGUGGAAUGACAUCGAUCGAUCGCAAUGGAAAGCUCUACUGUCUGUCUUGUCUUCAAAAUCGUCGGAUGAAGAGGUGUCGGGCGAGGUAGUGGAAAUUAUUGGUUAUGAGAAAAUCGACCUUGUGUCCACCAUCUUGUCACGCCGCUCAGAGUUUGUGGCCCAGAUAAACAACCGCCUUGAUUCCGGCGCAGCAGGCCCUCCUACUCGAAGCGGCCCAAUAUCCCCUGAACAAAUGUUCAUCGACAGCAGGGCACGGAUAGAAGCAUCUUUGCAAGCCAACGCUUCCCGACCAUUGUUCUCUGGAACUGCAGAUGGGACGGCCGCACCGGAAAUUCUCCCCAACGUUUACACUAGCCAGAUGUCCGCUGCUGGUGGAGGAUCUAUACUUUCACAAUUUGGGUCGAAGUACGCCCUUCCUCUGGGCACUACACAUCACCUCUAUCAAGAAUACGAAGAAUUCGUUGUACCCCCACCUUCAACUGUUCCCCCCAGGGUUCACGAGCGUCCUAUAAUGAUCAAUGAAUUGGAUCCGCUCGCAAAAGGGUGUUUUGCUGCAUACACCUCACUCAAUCGAAUUCAAUCGAUUGUCUAUCCAAUAGCACAUGGGACAAAUGAGAAUAUGCUUGUCUGUGCUCCCACCGGCGCUGGUAAAACAGAUGUGGCCCUCUUGACCAUCCUCCGCGUUCUAGAUCAACAUCGCGAUACUGAAGGGUCCAGCCUCAAGGAUAGCAUACGGCGUAACUCUUUCAAGAUCAUUUACGUAGCACCCAUGAAGGCCUUGGCUUCAGAAAUUACCAGGAAGUUCAGCAAAAGGCUGAGGUGGCUUUCCAUUAACGUGCGGGAAUUGACAGGUGAUAUGCAAAUGACCAAAGCAGAGAUUGCGGAGACGCAAAUCAUCGUGACGACGCCAGAGAAAUGGGAUGUCGUGACGCGUAAACCGACAGGUGAAGGGGAGUUGGCAUCUAGCAUCAAGUUACUUAUUCUCGACGAAAUCCACUUGCUGAACGAAGACCGUGGAGCGGUGAUUGAAACAAUCGUGGCCAGAACUCUUCGUCAGGUGGAAUCCAGCCAAUCAAUUGUUCGAAUCGUAGGGCUCAGCGCGACUUUGCCAAACUAUGUGGAUGUGGCUCAAUUCUUGAGCGUCUCUCUACAGAAAGGCCUGUUUUACUUCGACUCGUCGUUUCGCCCUGUUCCAUUGGAGCAGCAUUUCAUUGGGGUAAAGGGGAAACCGGGCAGUGCAUUGUCCAAGAAGAAUAUGGACUACGUGACCUUCCAGAAGGUCAUGGAGCUGGUUCAACAAGGUCAUCAAGUGAUGGUAUUCGUACAUGCUCGAAAGGAAACAGUCAAGACGGCAAUGACCCUACGAGAGAUGGCCAUGGCAGAUGGAACCUUGGAACUCUUCAUGUGUGAUGAUCAUCCUCAGUGGGGCAAUUUCCGCAGAGAAGUUGGGGAAUCUCGUAACAAGGAAAUGAAGUUCCUGUUCGACAACGGUUUUGGGAUACAUCACGCGGGAAUGCUCCGCUCGGACAGGAAUGUCAUGGAGAAGCUGUUUGAAGCGAGAGCCAUCAAGGUUUUGUGCUGCACGGCAACCUUGGCCUGGGGUGUCAACUUGCCUGCCCACGCAGUCGUGAUCAAGGGCACUCAGGUUUACGAUGCCUCGCGAGGUGCCUUUACGGACCUAUCAGUUCUCGACGUCCUGCAAAUCUUCGGUCGAGCCGGCCGGCCUGGUCUGGAGGCUAGUGGAGAGGGAUAUAUCUGCACGACCGAUGACAAGCUCCAUCACUAUCUGGAAGCCGUCACCUCUUCCGUCCCAAUCGAAUCGAGAUUCCAAGGUGGUAUGAUCGAUGCUCUAAACGCCGAAAUCUCGCUGGGGACCGUGGCCACCUGCGACGAUGCGGUCCAAUGGCUAGGGUAUACCUACCUCUUUGUCCGAAUGCGCAAGAACCCUUUCAUUUAUGGCAUUGAUCGAGACACCCUCGCGGACGACCCGGGACUUGGCAACAAGCGUAAUGAACUCAUCACUAUUGCCGCCAAACGACUCGCGGAGACAAAGAUGAUCAUUUUCGAUGAAACAACCCAGAUUUUUAACAAGGAAUUCCGGCCGAAAAUGUCUGAAGCUGAUCUUUUGGGUAUGCUGAGCCUGAGCACUGAGUUCGACCAAAUUCAACUCAGAGAAGCGGAGAUGAAGGAGAUAGAGGAACUGAUGGAGAACAUUCCUUGUGAAGUCAAGGGUGGCACAUCGACCCCAGCUGGGAAAGUAAAUAUCCUCCUCCAGGCCUACAUAUCCAGAUGGGACACACUCAAUGACUUUGCCCUCGUUUCCGACAUGGCUUAUGUGGCGCAAACCAGCGGCCGAAUCAUUCGCGCGUUGCUCGAAAUCUCUAUCAGCAAGAAGUGGGCAAGCGUGACUUCCGCACUGCUAGGGUUGAGCAAGGCGAUCGAGAAGAGGAUGUGGCCUUACGAUCACCCUCUCGAGCAAUCUCAGCUCAAAUUCGAAACUUUAAAUGCUUUGCGGAGAUGGGCAGACGAGAUGACAGUCGAAGAGCUCGCAGAAACGGACUCGAAGACUUUGGGAGAUUUGGUUCACCUCAACGAGCGUCAAGGAUUAGCUAUUGCGACAGCCGCAAAGCAAUUCCCAUCUGCCACUAUCACCUAUAAAUUACAGCCACUCGCUAAUGAUAUCCUCAAAGUAUCAUUGGUGAUAGCUCGCAACUUCACCUGGAACCCUCGACUUCACGGAACAAGCGAACCUUUCUGGAUAUGGAUAGAAGACGAAGAGGGUCUGACCAUCCACCAACUUGCCCAUCUUGCGUUCCAUCAGAACACGACCCAUUUGGACCUAGACUUCAUUUUACCGGUAUCGGCUGAUGACAUGCCAUCUAACCUCGUCGUUCGAUGGGUCUCCGAUUACUGGAUUGGCGCUGAACAUCAAACAUACGUCUCACUUGAAAAUGUUGUCAUGCCUCCCAAGUCGCAGAGUCAUACCCCUCUCCUCGAAUUGCCCUUCAUCCCCAUUUCGGACAUUCUCAAUCCCCACGUCGCCUCAAUCUACGGCAAAGAAAUAGGUGUCUUGAAUUCCAUCCAAACCCAGGCACUCUGGUCGUUUAUGCAUUCCAAAGAACAUGCCUUGCUGUGUGCGCCGGGUGGAAGUGGUAAAAGUACCUUCGUUUCAAUGAUCCUUCAGUCCCUCAUGGUAACAGAACGAUCGAGGUGGAUCAUUAUUGUUGCUCCUAAGAGGAGCGUUGCGCAGGACCUUUUCGCCAAUCUACGCGGGACGACACGGGAACUUGCAUUGAAAGUCGAGUAUCCAACGCCUGGGUCCCUCCUCCGAUACAAACCUGGGACCAUAUACGUUGUCACCCCGCCAUCUCUUUUGGAGGCCCUCUUGUGCCGGGAUCCGACGACACAGGUUGACAGACUCGAUGCGGUCCUCUGCGACCAUCUUGAGCAGCUGGAUAGUUCGUAUGAACUGGCCGUCUCCUUGCUUAGAUUUGCUACUCAAAACAGCCCAACAAGAUACAUCGGGCUCAGUGACUCUCUCAACGACCCGUCCGACCUUGCGGCUUGGUUAAAUGUCGAUCCACACUCACUUUUCAGUUUCCGUCCUCGAGAUCGCGAACAGUCCCUUCAGCUCCACCCACACACAUUCACAAUCCCGCAUUCUGCUGCGCUGUUCAAGGCCAUGGCAAGACCGGCUCACAAGGCCAUUGCAAGCACGUUAACAGCAGAGUGCGCUAUCGUCUUCGUUCCCUCACGCAGUCAAUGUCGCUCCAUCGCCCUCGACCUCAUCACGCAAUGUUCACUUGAUUCCGAGACUGCAAGAGGGUACCUCGGCCCAGACAUAUCCGAAGAGUCGCUGCAAGUGUAUCGAUGCCAAUUCCAGGAUCAGGAGCUGGGGGAUUUCCUCAUCAAAGGCGUUGGUUUCUUCCAUCCUGGAAUCCACAAACAAGAUCGAAGGCUCAUACUCCAGCUCUGCGUCGAAGGCGUGAUCCGAGUACUGUUAGUACCGAAGGAUUCCUGUUGGGAACUUCCAAUGCGGUCACCCGUCGUCGUGGUGUUGGGCACCCAGUAUGUGGAGGUUCAACCAGAAAGCAAUAUCCGUCGGAUACGGGAGUACAUCAGAGCUACUGGACACCUACCUGCGGUUCUUGAACGAGGGUUUACCGUUGGAAUCACAACUGAAUUCCUUCGACGACUUGCGUAG